AUGAGUGGUGUCGGAGAAUCGCGAUCCGAGCUUUUAAGCUGGGUAAAUGACCUACUGAAACUGAAUUACACGAAAGUCGAACAAUGUGGGACUGGAGCCGCGUAUUGCCAAAUAGUAGACUCUAUUUACCGGGAUUUGCCCAUGCACAGGGUGCGGUUUAAUUCUACAGUAGAAUACGAGUUUAUUACGAACUAUAAGAUCCUUCAAAGCGCGUUCACGAAGCAUAAGGUGGAGAAAACCGUUUACGUGGAAAAACUGGUCAAAUGCAGGUUUCAGGACAAUUUAGAGUUCUUGCAGUGGCUUAAGAAGUUUUGGGUCCAGAACAAGGAUGAAAGUGAUUACGACGCAGAAUCUCGACGGAAGUCGCGAGCGUCCCCGGCUUCUACUCCUGCGGGUGUUGCAAGCUCUAACAUCAGCGUUACCAAGAGACGUACCACACCUGUACCUCGAGUUUCCAGUGGGACGGCUUCGACUCGUGGCGUCGGGUCUGUAGGAUCUAGAAGCGGAAGUGCAUCAUAUUUGAGUUCCAGAAAAGCUUCAAACGAACAGCUUUUGAGCGUUCAAACAGAGCUAUCGCAGGCGCAGGCCAAUAACGAAAACUUAGUUAAUGAACUAAAGCAGUACAAGGAAGCCAUUUCAAUUUUAGAGCGAGAGCGGGACUUUUACUUUGGGAAAUUGAGAGAUAUAGAGAUUUUGUCACAGUCGACCAAAGAUCUUUGCAAAGAGGGUGUCUAUGAAAACAGUUCUGAUGAGCUGGAUAGGUUUUUGGACAAAAUUCAAAAGAUCUUGUAUGCGACGGAAGAGGGCUUUGAAGUGGCUUCGGAAGAAGUUAAACCCACCGCCACGAAUGGUCACGGUGGUGACGUUUCUCAAGCCGGCAUUUUAUCAACAGAAGAAACUGUGGAUCUGCAACCUCACGCACGGCAUAACUUAAUAACAGAUGAGGAAACUUUUUAA